AUGGCUGCUAAUGUGGUUGUUUUGGUACGGGACAAAGUCAAUGGUGGCACCCAGGUGGAGCUGUGUCUCUACCCUUUUCAUACCUUCUUUCCUGUCCCUUGGAGUACAGGUGAUGAAUGUUUGUAUGAAAGCUUUCCUGAACUUCCUUUGGAGGAAGCGCCAGAAGCUGACGGAGAGGCUGCAAACGUCCAGUGUCCAACAACCCUCAGCAUUCAAGAGCCAUCUUCUCCAGCGACCUCCAGUGAAGCUUUCACACCAAAGGAGAGCUCUCCUUACAAGGCUCCGAUAUACAUUCCCGAUGAUAUUCCCAUUCCUUCAGAGUUUGAGCUCCGAGAAUCCAACAUUCCUGGAGCAGGAUUAGGGAUAUGGACCAAAAGGAAGAUUGAAGCAGGGGAAAAAUUUGGCCCUUUUGUAGGAGAGCAGCGACCACACCUUAAAGACCCCAGUUACGGUUGGGAG